AUGUGUGAGUGUCUGCGUGGGAUAUUCAGAGUCACCUGGACACCCUCCUCAGACGCAGACUCUGACAGAGAAUUAGAGGACAGUCAUGGUACCACCCAGACCAAAGAUCCAGCUGUAAAGGACAAAAGGAAGUCUCCCCCCUCGGAUGGGCCUCCAUCUGCCCCAAAUCUCAGUGCACACCAUAGCAGCUUUCUAGAGGAACAGGAGAGCCCAGAGAGAAUUGUUCAGAAGGAGAAACUCCAUGCAGAACUAAAGCAAGUCCUGAGCCAGAAGAGAAGCCAGCUGAAAGAGACUCAUUCUGCUUAUGCAGAUAUGGAUCCUCCUCCAAAAGAUGGUGCAAAACUGGAGGAGAGCCAAGGCCCGGAGUUGGUAGAAGUGGUCGUGGAGACUGAGGCUGAGGCUGGAGCCAGUGGGUACAGCGUGGUUGGUGGAGGGGAGAAGGGCAUCUUUGUAAAAGAGGUCCUGAAAGACUCUCCAGCAGCAAAACAUCUCAGCCUUCAGAAAGGGGACCAGCUGCUAAGUGCAAGAGUGUACUUUGAAAAUGUGAGAUAUGAAGAUGCUCUGAAGAUUCUUCAGUGUGCAGAACCUUACAAAGUCUCCUUCUGCUUGAAGCGAACAGUGCCUGGAAGUGAAGUCAGUAUACAUCCAGGUGCAACCAACCUGGAAGUUAGAGGACCUAAGGCCAAGAUGCCAAAAAUGAGUGUGAAAAGCAUCAAGCCCUUUAAGGCCAAGAGAAAGAGAGGAGGAAGAUUUGGUUUGAAAAGGCUGAAAGAGAACAAGAAAGCAAGAGCCGGAGCAGAAUUGGAUAUUGAGAGUUCACCUGCUAGACUGGCCCAUAAUCCUGUUGAUGUCGAAUUUGCAUUUCCAAAAUUUAAGCUAAAAAAAGGUGGGAAAGCCUCUGCAGGAUUGGGCCAGCAGGAAGGAGUGAUAGCUACUAGUGGAAAGAAGAGGAAGAUCAGGUUUCCUAAGAUGAGAGCAAGGGACAAUGCCAGGAGUGAAAUGGAUGUCAGUAUGGACAUAGCAAUGCCAGAAGGACAUAUGGAGUUGUCUGGAGGAAAAUUUAAGGCCAAGGGAAAAGGCCAAAAGUUUGGAAUAAAUUUACCUAAAGCCAAAAAAUCAAAAGUAGAAACUGCACGAUCAGAGGACAAUUUAGCACUCAAAGCAUCUGAUCCUAAAUUCAGACCACCUUCAGUGGAAUUUGAUUUAAAUUUUCCACAGGGAAAACUGGAUCCUGGAAUUGAAAAAGAAGGUACUGGAGCAGAUGACAUGGAAAUAAAACCACCGACUGUCGAUUCUGAUGGUCCAGGUAUUAAGAUGAGAAUUCCGAAGCUAAAACUGCCAAAAGUCAGGCUUUCAAGACACUCUGAUGAAGUUGAUACUAACACAAUUCCUGAAGAUUCUGAGAAAGCCAAAAUUAAGUUACCAUCAGUUGAGAUUCAAGCUCCAAAAUUGGAGUUGGAUUUGCAUGUCCCAAAAACUAAAGGAGCUGUUGAUUUACAGGUAACAGAGGCAGCACAGUCAGAUAUCAAUGUUAAAGGAGCUAAGAUCAACAUACCCGAAGUUGAUAUAUCUCUGCCAAAACUGAACCUCGAUUCAGCAGCAAAGAAUGAAGAUGAGGUAGAUGGGUCCAUAAUUAAAGGACCUAAAGUUGUUUUGCCCAAACUUGACUUCUCUAUGCCAAAAACUGAAUCAUCAGAUGGUGGAAAGAUAAGUGUUCCAGUAAUAGAUAUCUCCCUUCCAAAGAUGACAUCUGGUAAAGUAGCUAGUGAGGGGGGUCAGUUUCAAAUGCCAAAUAUUGAUAUUUCCAUUCCAAAAAUUAAAAAAACCCAUGGUGAAAGGAGUAUUGAGGGACCUGAAGUCAAAGGUGGAAAAUUUGCCAUGCCAUCCAUUGAUAUUUCACUUCCAAAAGGAAAAGUGGAGGGAGACAUUGAGCUGAAAGGUGACAAUGAAAAGGGAGGGAUGUUUCAAAUGCCCAAAGUUGACAUUUCUAUGCCUAAAUUAACAUCAGCAGAAGGUGAAAUUGAGAUUGAGGGACCUGAAGGCAAGGGUAAGAAAUUCCAUAUGCCAUCCAUUGAUAUUUCCCUCCCAAAAGGAAAAAUGGAGGGAGAUAUUGAUAUUGAAGGCCCAUCUGCAAAAGGAGGAAAAUUUCAAAUGCCCAAACUUGAUAUUUCUUUGCCCAGCAUCAGAUCACCUGAAGGUGAGAUGAGUGUUCAGGGACCGGAAGUCAAAGGUGGGAAGUUUGAAAUGCCAUCCAUUGAUAUUUCACUACCCAAAGGGAAAGUGGGGGGAGACAUCGACAUUACUGGGUCAUCUGGAAAAGGCAAAAAGCUUCACAUGCCAAAAAUUGAUCUCUCUCUUCCAAAAAUGGAAUUACCUGGUGAAAUCAACAUUGAAGGACCUGAAGUCAAAGGAGGGAAAUUUGCCAUGCCAUCCAUUGAUAUUUCACUUCCAAAAGGAAAAGUGGAGGGAGACAUUCAGCUCAAAGUCAAAGGUGGGAAGUUUGAAAUGCCUUCCAUUGAUAUUUCACUACCGAAAGGAAAAGCGGGGGGAGAUAUCGACAUUACUGGGUCAUCUGGAAAAAGUGGAAAGCUUCACAUGCCAAAAAUUGAUCUUUCUCUUCCAAAAAUCAAAUUACCUGGCGAUAAGAAGUUCCAUAUGCCAUCCAUUGAUAUUUCCCUCCCAAAAGGAAAAAUGGAGGGAGAUAUUGAUAUUGAAGGCCCAUCUGCAAAAGGAGGAAAAUUUCAAAUGCCCAAGUUUGACAUUUCUUUGCCCAGCAUCAAAUCACCUGAAGGUGAGGUCAGUGUUGAGGGACCGGAAGUCAAAGGUGGGAAGUUUGAAAUGCCAUCCAUUGACAUUUCCCUACCCAAAGGGAAAUUGGAGGGAGACAUUGAUGUUGACAGUCCUUCAGGAAAAGGUGGUAAGCUUCACAUGCCAAAAAUUGAUCUUUCUCUUCCAAAAAUGAAAUUACCUGGAGGUAAAAUCAAUGUUGAGGGACCUGAAGUCAAAGGAGGGAAAUUUGCUAUGCCAUCCAUUGAUAUUUCACUUCCAAAAGGAAAAGUGGAGGGAGACACUGAGCUGAAAGGUGACAAUGAUAAAGGAGGGAUAUUUCAAAUGCCCAAAGUAGACAUUUCUAUGCCACAGUUUGCACCAGUAGAAGGUGAAAUCGAAAUUGAGGGACCUGAAGGCAAGGGUAAGAAAUUCCAUAUGCCAUCCAUUGAUAUUUCCCUCCCAAAAGGAAAAAUGGAGGGAGAUAUUGAAGUUGAAGGCCCAUCUGCAAAAGGAGGAAAAUUUCAAAUGCCCAAGUUUGACAUUUCUUUGCCCAGCAUCAGAUCACCUGAAGGUGAGGUCAGUGUUGAGGGACCGGAAGUCAAAGGUGGGAAGUUUGAAAUGCCAUCCAUUGAUAUUUCACUACCCAAAGGGAAAAUGGAGGGAGAUGUUGAUGUUGAUGGGUCUUCAGGAAAAGGUGGUAAGCUUCACAUGCCAAAAAUUGAUCUUUCUCUUCCAAAAGUGAAAUUACCUGGAGGUAAAAUGAAUGUUGAAGGACCUGAUGUGAAAGGAGGGAAAUUUGCCAUGCCAUCCAUUGAUAUUUCACUUCCAAAAGGAAAAGUGGAGGGAGACAUUCAGCUCAAAGGCUCAUCUGCAAAAGGAGGAAAAUUUCAAAUGCCCAAAUUUGAUAUUUCUUUGCCCAGCAUCAAUUCAUCUGAAAGUGGAAUCAGUGCUGAGAGACCAGAAAUCAAAGGUGGGAAGUUUGAAAUGCCAUCCAUUGACAUUUCACUACCGAAAGGAAAAGUGGGGGGAGAUGUUGAUGUUGAAGGCCCAUCUGCAAAAGGAGGAAAAUUUAAAAUGCCCAAAUUUGACAUAACAUUACCCAAUGUCAAAUCACCUGAGGGUGGGGUCAGUGUUGAGGGACCUGAGUUCAAGGGAGGGAAGUUUGAAAUGCCAUCCAUUGAUAUUUCACUGCCGAAAGGAAAAGUGGAGGGAGACAUUAAUGCAAAUGGCUCUUCUGGAAAAGGAAGAAGGCUUCACAUGCCAAAAAUUGAUUUUUCUCUUCCAAAAAUGAUUUUACCUGGAGGUAAAAUGAAUGUUGAGAGACCUGAAGUCAAGGGAGAGAAAUUAACCAUGCCGUCCAUUGAUAUUUCAGUUCCUAAAGGAAAAGUGGAGGGAGAUAUUGAUGUUGACGGUUCCUCUGGAAAAGGUGGAAAGCUUCACAUGCCAAAAUUUGACAUCUCUCUUCCAAAAAUGAAAUUACCCGGCAGCAAAAUCAAUGUUGAAGGACCUGAAGUCAAAGGAGGGAAAUUUGCCAUGCCAUCCAUUGAUAUUUCACUUCCAAAAGGAAAAGUGGAGGGAGAUGCUGAUGUUGAAGGCCCAUCUGCAAAAGGAGGAAAAUUUCAAAUGCCCAAGUUUGACAUUUCUUUGCCCAGCAUCAAAUCACCUGAAGGUGAGGUCAGUGUUGAGGGACCGGAAGUCAAAGGUGGGAAGUUUGAAAUGCCAUCCAUUGAUAUUUCAUUACCCAAAGGAAAAAUGGAGGGAGAUGUUGAUGUUGGUGGGUCUUCAGGAAAAGGUGGAAAGCUUCACAUGCCAAAAAUUGAUCUUUCUCUUCCAAAAAUGAAAUUACCUGGAGGUGAAAUCAAUGUUGAAGGACCUGAUGUGAAAGGAGGGAACUUUGCCAUGCCAUCCAUUGAUAUUUCACUUCCAAAAGGAAAAAUGGAGGGAGAUAUUGAAGUUGAAGGCCCAUCUGCAAAAGGAGGAAAAUUUCAAAUGCCCAAGUUUGACAUUUCUUUGCCCAGCAUCAAAUCACCUGAAGGUGAGGUCAGUGUUGAGGGACCGGAAGUCAGAGGUGGGAAGUUUGAAAUGCCAUCCAUUGACAUUUCACUACCCAAAGGAAAAGCAGAAGCGGGUAUUGAUGUUGAUGGGUCUUCAGGAAAAGGUGGAAAGUUUCACAUGCCAAAAAUUGACCUUUCUCUUCCAAAAGUAAAAUUACCUGGAGGUGAAAUCAAUGUUGAGGGACCUGAUGUGAAAGGAGGGAACUUUGCCAUGCCAUCCAUUGAUAUUUCACUUCCAAAAGGAAAAGUGGAGGGAGAUGCUGAUGUUGAAGGCCCAUCUGCAAAAGGAGGAAAAUUUCAAAUGCCCAAGUUUGACAUUUCUUUGCCCAGCAUCAAAUCACCUGAAGGUGAGGUCAGUGUUGAGGGACCGGAAGUCAGAGGUGGGAAGUUUGAAAUGCCAUCCAUUGACAUUUCACUACCCAAAGGAAAAGCAGAAGCGGGUAUUGAUGUUGAUGGGUCUUCAGGAAAAGUUGGAAAGUUUCACAUGCCAAAAAUUGACCUUUCUCUUCCAAAAGUAAAAUUACCUGGAGGUGAAAUCAUUGUUGAGGGACCUGAAGUCAAAGGAGGGAAAUUUGCCAUGCCAUCCAUUGAUAUUUCACUUCCAAAAGGAAAAGUGGAGGGAGACAUUCAGCUCAAAGGUGACAUUCAAAAAGGGGGAACUUUUCAAAUGCCCAAAGUCGACAUUUCUAUGCCGAAAUUGACAUCAGCAGAAGGUGAAAUCGAGAUUGAGGGACCUGAAGGCAAGGGUAAGAAAUUCCAUAUGCCAUCCAUUGAUAUUUCCCUCCCAAAAGGAAAAAUGGAGGGAGAUAUUGAUAUUAAAGGCCCAUCUGCAAAAGGAGGAAAAUUUCAAAUGCCCAAGUUUGACAUUUCUUUGCCCAACAUCAGAUCACCUGAAGGUGAGGUCAGUGCUGAGGGGCCGGAAGUCAAAGGUGGGAAGUUUGAAAUGCCUUCCAUUGAUAUUUCAUUACCCAAAGGAAAAAUAGAGGGAGAUGUUGAUGUUGGUGGGUCUUCAGGAAAAGGUGGUAAGCUUCACAUGCCAAAAAUUGAUCUCUCUCUUCCAAAAGUAAAAUUACCUGGAGGUAAAAUGAAUGUUGAAGGACCUGAUGUGGAAGGAGGGAAAUUUGCCGUGCCAUCCAUUGAUAUAUCCCUCCCAAAAGGAAAAAUGGAGGGAGAUAUUGAUAUUGAAGGCCCAUCUGCAAAAGGAGGAAAAUUUCAAAUGCCCAAGUUUGACAUUUCUUUGCCCAACAUCAGAUCACCUGAAGGUGAGGUCAGUGUUGAGGGGCCGGAAGUCAAAGGUGGGAAGUUUGAAAUGCCUUCCAUUGAUAUUUCAUUACCCAAAGGAAAAAUGGAGGGAGAUGUUGAUGUUGGUGGGUCUUCAGGAAAAGGUGGUAAGCUUCACAUGCCAAAAAUUGAUCUCUCUCUUCCAAAAGUAAAAUUACCUGGAGGUAAAAUGAAUGUUGAAGGACCUGAUGUGGAAGGAGGGAAAUUUGCCGUGCCAUCCAUUGAUAUAUCCCUCCCAAAAGGAAAAAUGGAGGGAGAUAUUGAUAUUGAAGGCCCAUCUGCAAAAGGAGGAAAAUUUCAAAUGCCCAAGUUUGACAUUUCUUUGCCCAGCAUCAGAUCACCUGAAGGUGAGGUCAGUGUUGAGGGACCGGAAGUCAAAGGUGGGAAGUUUGAAAUGCCAUCCAUUGACAUUUCACUACCCAAACGAAAAGCAGAAGCGGGUAUUGAUGUUGAUGGGUCUUCAGGAAAAGGUGGAAAGCUUCACAUGCCAAAAAUUGAUCUCUCUCUUCCAAAAGUAAAAUUACCUGGAGGUGAAAUCAAUGUUGAAGGACCUGAUGUGAAAGGAGGGAAAUUUGCCAUGCCAUCCAUUGAUAUUUCACUUCCAAAAGGAAAAGUGGAGGGAGACAUUCAGCUCAAAGGUGACAUUCAAAAAGGGGGAACUUUUCAAAUGCCCAAAGUUGACAUUUCUAUGCCAAAAUUGACAUCAGCAGAGGGUGAAAUCGAGAUUGAGGGACCUGAAGGCAAGGGUAAGAAAUUCCAUAUGCCAUCAAUUGAUAUUUCCCUCCCAAAAGGAAAAAUGGAGGGAGAUAUCGAUAUUGAAGGCCCAUCUGCAAAAGGAGGAAAAUUUCAAAUGCCCAAGUUUGACAUUUCUUUGCCCAGCAUCAGAUCACCUGAAGGUGAGGUCAGUGCUGAGGGACCAGAAGUCAAAGGUGGGAAGUUUGAAAUGCCUUCCAUUGAUAUUUCACUACCGAAAGGAAAAGUGGGGGGAGAUAUCGACAUUACUGGGUCAUCUGGAAAAAGUGGAAAGCUUCACAUGCCAAAAAUUGAUCUUUCUCUUCCAAAAAUGAAAUUACCUGGCAGUGAAAUGAAUGUUGAAGGACCUGAUAUGAAAGGAGGGAAAUUUGCCAUGCCAUCAAUUGAUAUUUCCCUCCCAAAAGGAAAAAUGGAGGGAGAUAUCGAUAUUGAAGGCCCAUCUGCGAAAGGAGGAAAAUUUCAAAUGCCCAAGUUUGACAUUUCUUUGCCCAGCAUCAAAUCACCUGAAGGUGAGGGCAGUGCUGAGGGACUGGAAGUCAAAGGUGGGGAGUUUGAAAUGCCAUCCAUUGAUAUUUCACUACCCAAAGGGAAAUUGGAGGGAAACGUCGAUGUUGAAAGUCCUUCAGGAAAAGGUGGAAAGUUUCACAUGCCAAAAAUUGAUCUUUCUCUUCCAAAAAUGAAAUUACCUGGAGGUAAAAUGAAUGUUGAGGGACCUGAUGUCAAAGGUGGGAAGUUUGAAAUGCCAUCCAUUGAUAUUUCACUACCCGAAAGGAAACUGGAGGGAGACAUCGAUGUUGACAGUCCUUCUGGAAAAGGCAAAAAGCUUCACAUGCCAAAAAUUGAUCUUUCUCUUCCAAAAAUGAAAUUACCUGGCGGUGAAAUGAAUGUUGAAGGACCUGAUAUGAAAGGAGGGAAAUUUUCCAUACCAUCCAUUGAUAUUUCACUUCCAAAAGGAAAAGUGGAGGGAAAUAUUGAGCUCAAAGGUGACAAUGAAAAAGGAGGGAUAUUUCAAAUGCCUAAAGUUGACAUCUCUAUGCCUAAGUUAACAUCAGCAGAAGGCAAAAUAGGGAUUGAGGGACCUGAAGGCAAGAAUAAGAAGUUCCAUAUGCCAUCCAUCGAUAUUUCCCUCCCAAAAGGAAAAAUGGAGGGAGAUAUUGAUAUUGAAGGCCCAUCUGCAAAAGGAGGAAAAUUUCAAAUGCCCAAGUUUGACAUUUCUUUGCCCAGCAUCAAAUCACCUGAAGGUGAGGUCAGUGUUGAGGGACCGGAAGUCAAAGGUGGGAAGUUUGAAAUGCCAUCCAUUGACAUUUCCCUACCCAAAGGGAAAUUGGAGGGAGACAUCGAUGUUGACAGUCCUUCAGGAAAAGGUGGUAAGCUUCACAUGCCAAAAAUUGAUCUCUCUCUUCCAAAAAUGAAAUUACCUGGAGGUAAAAUCAAUGUUGAGGGACCUGAAGUCAAAGGAGGGAAAUUUGCUAUGCCAUCCAUUGAUAUUUCACUUCCAAAAGGAAAAGUGGAGGGAGACACUGAGCUGAAAGGUGACAAUGAUAAAGGAGGGAUAUUUCAAAUGCCCAAAGUUGACAUUUCUAUGCCACAAUUUGCACCAGUAGAAGGUGAAUUUGGAAUUGAGGGGCCUGAAGGCAAGGGUAAGAAGUUCCAUAUGCCAUCCAUUGAUAUUUCCCUCCCAAAAGGAAAAAUGGAGGGAGAUAUUGAUAUUGAAGGCCCAUCUGCAAAAGGAGGAAAAUUUCAAAUGCCCAAGUUUGACAUUUCUUUGCCCAGCAUCAAAUCAUCUGAAAGUGGAGUCAGUGCUGAGGGACCGGAAGUCAAAGGUGGGAAGUUUGAAAUGCCAUCCAUUGAUAUUUCACUACCGAAAGUAAAAGUGGGGGGAGAUAUUGAUCUUGAUGGGGCUUCUGGAAAAAGUGGAAAGCUUCACAUGCCAAAAAUUGAUCUUUCUCUUCCAAAAGUAAAACUACCCAGAGGUGAAAUCAAUGUUGAAGGAACUGAUGUGAAAGGAGGGAAAUUUGCCAUGCCACCCAUUGAUAUUUCACUACCGAAAGGAAAAAUGGAGGGAGAUAUUGAGCUCAAAGGUGACACUGAAAGAGGAGGAAAAUUUCAAAUGCCCAAAGUUGAUAUUUCUAUGCCCAACAUCAAAUCACCUGAAUAUGGGGCCAGUUUUAAGGGACCUGAGGUUGAAGGUAGGAAGUUUGAAAUGCCAUCUAUUGAAAUUUCUCUACCCAAAGGAAAAGUGGAGGGAGACAUCGAUGUUGAUGGGUCUUCAGGAAAAGGUGGAAAACUUCACAUGCCAAAAAUUGAUCUUUCUCUUCCAAAAAUCAAAUUACCUGGAGGUAAAAUGAAUAUUGAAGGACCUGAAGUCAAGGGAGGGAAAUCUGUCAUGCCAUCCAUUGAUAUUUCACUUCCAAAAGGAAAAGUUGACAAAGGUGCAAGGUUCCAUAUCCCUGAUGUUGACAUCUCCCUUCCGAAAAUGUCUAAGGAGGCUGAUUUAGAUUGCCUUGAUACAGAUACCAAGAAAUCUGGGGUGAAUAUACCUGCUAGUGGACGUGUCAGUGGUUCUAUUAAACUUCCUAAUGUCAAGCUACCUGUUGUUGACAUAUCUGCACCUAAAGUUGAUUUGGACUUUAGUCUUUCAAAAGAUCAGAGCAAUGACAGAGAGGACAUUGAACUUCUAAAAGCAGAAGGUGGCAGACCCUCCUCUGGAGCAAGUUUUGAUGUCCCAGAUGUGACACUAAAAAUGCCAAAGAUUUCACUUCCCAAGUUUGGAGAUAAGUCAAGACCUGGAGAUACAGAUUUAGAGAGUGGUCAUUCAAAUCUCAGCAUAGAAAUAGAUAGAAGAUCACCAUCUAUUGAAGUUUAUGGUGAUGGGAAGAACAAAAAUAAAGUACAAAUGCCCAAAAUUAAAAUCCCAUCUUUUGGAAUACCUGGAAAGAAUGCUGACACAGCUGAACCAGAUGUUGAAAUAAAGAUAAAGAAGGGAAAAGGAGACAUCACAAAACCAGAAAUUGGUGUGGAGAGUUCAGAUGAGAAAGCUAAAUACAAACUCAGAUUUCCCAAACUAAAGAUAACAGGGCCUAAAGGUAAACUUCCAAACUUGGGCACUAAUCUAAAUGUUCCACAAGCAGAAUACGAUAUGAAAGGAAAGGUCAGGAUACCCUCAGUGGAGAUAUCCUUGCCAGCAGCAAAUAUUCCAGAGAAGGAAAAUUUACUUCCAAAAGCUGAAGUAGAUGUAUCCGAAGCCGAUAUCAGGAGUUAUGAGGGCAGUUUGAAAAUUCCCAAAAUGCCAGCAAUUGACAUAUCAGUGCCAAAAGUUGACUUAGAUGUUGUGCUGCCUAGCAUUAAACAUGAUAUAUCACCUGGUUCAAGUUCUUCAGACAUUAACAUGGAUGCUAGUCAUGGUAAAAUAAAGAUGCCACAUGUCAAGAUGCCAACAGUAGACAUUUCCAUUCCAAAAGUGAAAACAGCAGAAAGUCGCACCCCAGGAUCUGGAACCGAGGGAGAAUCUGGCAAAUUCAAGAUGCCUCAAAUGAAAAUGCCAAAAGUAGACAUAUCUUUACCACAAAGAAAAACAACAGAGAGUGAUGAACUUGGACUGGAAACUUCUGAUCCACGCAAAGAGGGACAACACUGGGGGAUAAAAAUGCCAGCCAUAGACAUACAUGGUCCAAAAGGAGAUCUUGAGCUAGAUCUUGGCUUAUUAAAAGAGGACAAAAAUGAUAGAAGGAAGACUGAAUUGCCUGACAUAGACCUAAGUUCCUCUGCUACUUCUGAAAAAACGGAGGCACCAAAAACAAAAGGUGCAAAAUUUCAUAUUGGAAAACCUAAAGGGAAGAGUCAUGGACUUGAGAAAGAUGUAGGCAAGAUAGAAAAAGUGGAUGAGGAAGUUAGUGAUGGAAUUACAGGUGAAAAGUCAGACUUGUCUUCCAGGUUUCCUAAAAUCAAACUUCCUGAAGUAGCAAUCGCAGGUCCCUCAAUUAAAAGCAAGGUAGACACAGGUAAAAAAGACUCUGCAUCCACUGAGGCGACAACCACAGAGACAUUUAACUUUCCUAAAAUUGACAUCAAAGCACCAAAAUUACCAGAUAUAGAUUUUGAGUUUGGGACAACUCAAGCUGACACUCAAGAUGCAAAAGAAGAUACCAACAGGAGUAGCACAUUUAAAAUUCCAAAGUUUGGGGUGGCUCUGCCCUCUAUUGCAACACCUGAAUUUCAGCUUAAUGUUAAAUCACCAGAGGUAAAAGGCUCCUCAGUGUCCAGAGACACUGACAUUGAGUAUGAAGGUCCUCGGAUGCCUAAAGUUAGGAAAGCAGUGUUUGUUAUGGUAAAUCAGCAAACAGAAAAUUCCAGUAGUUCAGGACCAGAGGCAAAUAUAGUGACCAGUGGGGAAAAAAUCAAAGUUCCAAAAUUCAAAAUGAAGCCAAGUUUUAGAAAGUCUCAUUCAAAAGAAAAGGGAGCUGGUGUAAAUGGCAAAGAGGAGGCAGAUGCUGAAAUAAAGUCAAAGGUGGGCAAGUUGAAAAUACCCCAAGUCACAUUCUCUCCUGGAAAGACAGGCUCAUUUGAUGUUACUCAAAAAGCGGCUAUGAAAUACGAUGAUGGUGACAGAGAUGACAGAACCAUGUCUGGGAAGUUAAAGCUGCCAAAGGUAGAGUUUGCUUCACCAUAUACAAAAGAUACCAGUGAAGAAGAACACCUGGAAAUUAGCAUGAAACUUGUUCAAAAAGAGUCUACAGGGGAUAGCAAAGACAGUAAGGAGACGAAAACAAAAUUGAGCAAAAUCACCUUUCCUGGUUUCAAAAAGAAAACAGAGAAAACAGAGGAGAGGAGUCUCAGCACUGUGGUGUCCUCAAAGGCUAGAACAGAGAUGCUGUCAGAGCGAGAUGGAUCAGAAUCUCAAGUGCCAAAGGAUUCAUCUGGAUUUUUCUCAGGAAGGGCUCAAGGAAAAACAGAGUGCAGCACUGAUGAGGAUCAUGGCAACAGCGGUGAGCAGGGGGCAGAUGUUAGUGGAGGGACUGCCUUUUUCAAGGUGCCGAAAGUCAGCCUAACCCCCCCUGGCAUUCUCCAAAUCACGCCAGAGGGAUCUCCAGAGGGAAGCAAGUCCUCUCUCCACGGCUCUGGUGAAGAAGCUUCCGGAGGCAUCCAUAUCAGGAUGCCACGGCUAGAGUUUUCUACUUUGGAGACAUCCACACAGCAUGUAGUCACCACCACCAAAGAGGGAACUGUUACAGUGGUGACAAAGUCAUCAAAACACACAGUAACAGAACGUGAAACAGCUAAAGGGCGCAGUUCACCAUCACAGUGGAGCUCCUGAAUUGAGUGGAAAUGAGCGUGAUCUUUUCUAUAUGUUUUAAUAUGUCACCAUUUAUUUUGUUUUUGUACUCUGUACUUUAUUUUUUAUUUAAUCUAUUUAAAUAUUUUUCUGGCUCCAAUCUGAGCAUUAACAGUAAAUACACAAAUGCAACAUAUGGUAGUACUAUUUAUUGUAGAAAAUGUCUUAUUUGAAUUCAACAAAUCACUCGCUGUUCUCUAGUGAGUAAUUACUUUGUUGUCAUUUCUUUUUUAAAUAGGCUGUGCUGUUGUAAAAAUAAGGUGAAGGAGCACUCACAUUUUCUGUAGAUAAUAACAUUGAAAUGAGUGAAUUAUGCAGGAGUGUUAUGAUUUUGACCUAAAUGAUUGUAAAUUCCAAAUUAUGAUUUGGUUAGUGGCAGGCAAUUUAUUACCUUAAUGCAUUUGUUUAUGCGUUACAGAUUUUUGAAUGACGUGCGCUUCCCUGCCUCUUGCUUUGCCUGUUUGUAUUGAGCACAAACAAUGUGUUUUGACAUAAUUAGAAAUAAACUGUGAAAAUCAAAACUGCUUUUAUCCUGAGCUUAAAUGACCUAUAUUGAUCAGACUUACACAUUUGAUCUGUGGGGGGCUUAUAUUUACUUGCUAAUGCUUUAAAAAUGAGAAUACAUCUGAUAAUGAAAAAAAAAUGUUUUCAGCUGUUUAAAUGUGUUAAGACUGAAUACUACUGUUUUUUGUUUGACAAAAUUGGUUUGUUUUCACACUGAGUCACAUAAAUAUUUACCAUAAUGAUAACCGGUAAUGUUCUGAGUACCAGCAUGUUAUAAGACUAUGUGUGAGACAUGCUGUAUUAUUUUUAAUGUCUGUUCUCACAUCACAUAGAUUUAUUUAAAUUAAGCCCCCCAUUAUGGAUGAUCAGUUGAUGUCAUGGGACUUGAAAAGUACAAGGUUGGAUUUUUCUUGUAUAGAUUUUUUUUAAAGAGAGGUUGAAGCUAAUUAGCAUGUC